UUGUUUAUAUUUUGUAUAAAUCUCUGUAUAUAUUAUAAUUUCGUGGAAAUGGGGAAGAAACAACAUCAAUCGGAUAAGUUGUAUCUAACGACGAAGGAAUGGAGUCAGUUCUACGGAGGCCAUAAAACGAGACCGGGGAAGGAUAAAUCGGACUUCAAACGUCUGCCGUUCGAUUGCUGCAGCCUGUCAUUUCAACCCGUGGAACACCCACUCUGCACUCCAGAUGGUGUUGUUUUUGAUCUCAUGAACAUUGUUCCGUACCUGAAGCAGCACGGUCACAACCCGAUCACCGGAGAGCCACUGGAUGCCAAAAGUCUGAUAAAGCUAACCUUCCACAAGAACAAUGACGGUAAGUACCAUUGUCCCGUCAUGUACCGCGUGUUCACGGAGAACUCUCACAUCGUAGCAAUUCGAACAACGGGGAACGUGUUCAGCAUGGAGGCGGUCGAACAACUGAACAUCAAGACGAAGAACUUGAUGGACCUUCUAUCGAGCGAACCGUUCACGCGCAAAGACAUCAUUACCAUACAGGACCCUCACAGCCUGGAUAAGUUUGACAUAUCCAAGUUUCACCACGUGCAGAAGAAUUUGAAGGUAUCCGAUCCAGACGAGGAGAGAGCGAAGAAGAACCCUCAGUACCACCUCAAGUACAUCAGUGUCGAGGCGAGAGAAACGCUAAGCGAACUCAGCGCCACCUACACAGCACCGGCUGUGCAAGAAGAGGUUGUGCAAGUCGCCGACACAUUGAACGCUGCUCAUUACUCGACGGGGGCGGUUGCCGCGGGUUUUACGUCAACGACCAUGGAUCCUGAGACUCGCCACAGUGCUGCGAUCGUGGAUGAGGAUGUUGUGAGGUAUGCUCGCGUGAAGAAGAAAUCUCCACCUCCUUCCUCGCCCCAUCUCUCUCUAUCAUCUCUCUCCCUCCCUCCUACACAUCUCUCUCUCUUUUCGCUGCAGGUUCCGAGAACGUGUGAGAACUUCAUCAAGCUUUGCGAGACGGGUUACUACCGCGGCACCGUCUUCCACCGAUCCAUACGUAACUUCAUGCUACAAGGCGGGGACCCGACAGCAACAGGAAAGGGAGGCGAGUCGAUCUGGGGAUCGACAUUCCGGGAUGAAUUCAAGCCCAACCUGACACAUUCUGGCCGUGGCGUACUCAGCAUGGCCAACUCUGGACCGAACACAAACAAAUCUCAGUUCUUCAUCACGUACAGAUCGUGUCGCCACCUGGAUAACAAGCACUCUGUGUUCGGCCGCGUCGUCGGAGGACUGGACGUGUUGGGUUCCAUGGAGAAAGUUUCCGUCGACGACAAGGACAGGCCGACGAAGGAUCUCAUCAUUGAGACCACGCAGGUCUUUGUGAAUCCCUAUGAUGAAGCUGAUGAACAGCACAUCACAGAAGACGUCUGAGCCAGUGAAGAAGAAAUCCAAGCAGUCAAGAGGAUUCAGUGAUUUCAGCGCAUGGUAGCAUGGCAGCGCAUGCAGUAGCAUGUGGCUCUCAGGUAGCUGUGUGAUAGCGCGGCAGUGCGAGGGUGGCUGGUGGCUGUGAGAUGGUGGGGCAGUGUGUGGGUGGCUGGUGGCUGUAUGAUAUCGCGGCAGUGCGUGGGUGGCUGGUGGCUGUGAGAUGGUGGGGCAGUGUGUGGGUGGCUGG